AAACGGCAACCUUUUUCAACUGUAACGGGCGGCAUAAUGAACUUUAUAUAGGAAUUUUCAGACCAAUUGAAUUUUCUAUCUGAGCUUUCGAUCUAACAGAGCCUCUGUGUGUCUCAAAGGAGUAGUUCCACUCUUCCAGCCAAGAUGGAAAAUUGUUUCGAACAUGAAGGUGAAAUGGAGCUUCCUUCCAGUUUACCGCUACACAAGGUUGACCCAGGAAAACCAGCUCAACUGACUUGGCAGCGGAAGUUAAAUUAUCAGGGAAAAGUGCCUUCAGAGUUCGCAAUGGGGUUUCUAGAGAAAAUGCGUAUGGCUCCAAUGGGCAUUCGAUUAUGGCGUUAUGCCAAGGAAGAACAUGCAAAAGGAAGGAUGCCAGUAUUUGAUUUCUUCUGUACGCGCAACUUCACAUUCCCGCAGGGUGUACCUUUAGGCGGUAUUGGUGCAGGAAGCAUUGGAAGAAGCUACAGAGGCGAGUUUCAACGUUUUCAGCUGUUCCCUGGAUGCUGUGAAGAAACCCCAGUUUUAGCAAAUCAAUUUUCUGUGUUUGUUUCACGCCCUAACGGUCAAAAAUUUUCUACUGUUUUAUGCUCUGGGAGGCCAGAGGUAUCCAAAGAAGGAACUGCUUCUGGGACUGAAACUUGGGAUUGGAAUUUGAAUGGCGAGAAGUGUACUUACGAUGCUUUGUAUCCAAAGGCUUGGACAACCUAUGAGGGUGAACCUGACCCAGAACUUAGAAUUGUUUGUCGCCAAAUUUCACCUUUUAUUCCCCACAAUUAUAAGGAGAGCAGUUUCCCUGUAUCAGUAUUUACAUUUACGCUAUCUAAUAAAGGAAGAACUUCUGCAGAUGUCACCCUGCUCUUUACAUGGGCUAAUUCCGUAGGUGGGAUCUCUGGAUUUUCUGGGGAUCACUUCAACUCAAAGAUGGUGACAAAAGAUGGAGUGUGUGGAGUACUUUUACACCACAAGACUGCAAAUGAGCAACCUCCUGUUACUUUUGCUAUAGCGGCAGAGGAAACGGGUGAUGUUCAUGUCUCUGAGUGUCCUUGCUUUUUGAUUUCUGGUGAUUCCCAGGGUAUCACGGCUAAAGAUAUGUGGCAUGAAAUUAAAAAGCAUGGGUCAUUUGACCACCUUGGCCACGACCAAACGCCUAUGACUUCAAAACCAGGAUCAUCUAUUGGAGCAGCCAUAGCAGCCUCUUUGACAAUUCCUUCUGAUUCUGUCCGUACUGUCACUUUUUCAUUGGCAUGGGACUGCCCAGAAGUGAGAUUUGGUCAAAAGACUUACCACAAGCGCUACAGCAGAUUUUAUGGCACUCUUGGGGAUGCUGCAGCAAGCAUUGUGCGUGAUGCUAUUCUUGAGCAUGCCCAUUGGGAAUCCCAGAUAGAAGCAUGGCAAAGACCAAUUCUCGAAGACAAAAGGCUUCCUGAAUGGUACCCAAUCACUCUCUUCAAUGAGCUCUAUUAUCUCAAUGGAGGGGGGACAACUUGGACAGAUGGAUUACCUCCAGUGCAAAAUUUAGGAACCAUUAGCAAGAGGAAGUUUUCCCUUGAUAGGUCCAGAACAGAUCUUAAGAAUGUGGUUGAUAUGUCCCAUCAAACUGACACUGCUGUUGUUAUCCUCGAAAAGAUGGCAUCCAUACUUGAAGAAAUCAAUACUCCAGCAGCGUCAAAUUCUGCUUUUGGAACCAAUUUGCUCCAGAAAGGAGAAGAAAAUAUAGGCCAGUUUCUUUAUGCUGAAGGAAUGGAAUACCUCAUGUGGAACACUUAUGAUGUCCACUUCUACUCGUCUUUUGCACUAGUCAUGUUAUUCCCAAAACUUGAACUUAGCAUCCAAAGAGACUUUGCAGCAGCAGUAUUGAUGCAUGAUCCUGAUAGGAUGAAAACUAUGUUUGAUGGAAAGUGGGCUACACGAAAGGUUCUCGGUGCUGUCCCCCAUGAUAUUGGGCUCAAUGACCCUUGGUUUGAAGUAAAUUCUUAUAAUUUGCAUAAUACAGAUAGGUGGAAGGACUUGAAUUCUAAGUUUGUUCUCCAAGUUUACAGGGAUAUGGUUGCUACUGGUGACAAAAAUUUUGCACGAGCUGUUUGGCCCUCAGUCUAUGUUGCGAUAGCUUAUAUGGAUCAGUUUGAUAAGGAUGGAGAUGGGAUGAUCGAGAAUGAAGGUUUCCCUGAUCAGACUUAUGAUAUAUGGUCUGUUAAUGGUGUGAGUGCGUAUUCUGGGGGGCUUUGGGUGGCAGCCCUCCAGGCUGCUUCAGCCAUGGCAACCGAAGUAGGUGAUGAAGCAUCUGCAAAUUACUUUUGGGCUAAGUAUCAAAAGGCAAAAGCUGUAUAUGACACGCUAUGGAAUGGUUCCUACUUUAAUUAUGACAACAGUGGUGGUUUUUCGAGUGCAUCUAUUCAGGCUGAUCAAUUGGCUGGACAAUGGUAUGCUAGAGCAUGUGGUCUUUCUCCGAUUGCCGACGAAGACAAGGUGAGGACAGCACUUGAGAAGGUCUAUAAUUUCAAUGUCUUAAAGGUGAAGGGAGGGAUGCGUGGGGCAGUGAAUGGGAUGCUGCCAGAUGGAAGGGUUGAUAUGUCAGUAUUGCAAUCAAGAGAAAUAUGGUCUGGAGUUACAUAUUCUGUUGCUGCUACAAUGAUUCAGGAAGAUAUGGUGGAAAUGGCAUUUCAGACUGCAGUUGGUGUCUAUGAAACAGCAUGGUCCCAAGAAGGUCCUGGAUAUUCCUUCCAAACGCCAGAAGCAUGGACCACCGACGACCAAUACAGAUCUCUUGGUUACAUGCGGCCGCUGGCCAUAUGGGCAAUGCAGUGGGCGCUGUCAAAGCCGAAGCUCUUUAAACCGGAGCUCAGACAUGAAGUGAGCGAGGACGACCAUGCAUAUUCUCUGAACCAUGCUGGGUUUGCGCAAGUCGCACGCCUUCUAAAGUUGCCGAAGGAGGCAGAUGAUAAGAGUUUGCUACAAGUCGUUUAUGAUUUCACUUGCAGGAGAUUGUCAUUCUAACUGCAGAAAAGAAAAUAUUUCCCAACACGAGAUUUUAUUUAAGGUUUUAUAUUUGUAAUUAUUUAUGGUCAAAUUAUGCUCUAAACAAAAUGAGAGAGGCUGAUUUCAAGUGGAAUCAAUUUUUUUUUUUUUUUU